AUGGAUGAAUCGGAUACAAUAGACAAUGGCUUUCGUGCGGUAAUCAUACAACAACUUGAGCGUCGAAAUGUUGUUUGUAGACAGUUCGAUUCCUUGUUCACCUCUUAUUGUGAACUAACAGAAUAUGUAACGAAUAUGGCGCGUACUGGACGGAUACGUGCCGUUUCGAAUAGUUCAUUAGCUGGAAAUUCGGAUCGCAUAGUGGAACUGGAAGCUGAGCUUGCAGAUCUUUAUCGUAAAAAGGAGCAAAAUGAUCAACAAUUGAUUGAAACAAACAAUCGUUUGAGUAUUGUCACGCGAGAGCUAAGUGCAGUUAAUAUUGUAAAGGAAGAGUGCCAAAAGGAGAAUCAGAAGUUGAAGAAAAAACUGAAAGAAAAAGAAGAGGAAUUAGCUGCGCUGGAAGAGACAAACACUUUAUUAAAAGACGAGCAUUUUGCUUUGCAGGCACGUGCAAGUUAUGACAGCAUUGAAAACAAAUAUCGAGAAGCACAAGAGGAAAGAAAUAAUUUGGUUGAACGAAUAAAAGAUCUUAAAGAGAAGGAAGUCCAAUGGUUUAAUGAACAAAAUGAACGAGAGCAAGAAGAACGUCGUCGUCGUUUAGCAGUGGAUAUUGAGUCUGCACUAAACAUGUCACACAACAACGAGGACAAAACGUACGGGUUUGAAAUUAUCAACAGUACAAAUCAGGUCGUUGAUUGUAGAGGUGAUAUUAUUCCUGGCCAGUGUAAAGCAAAACUGGAUUAUGGCGAUGAUGUUAACGAUAUUCUUUGGCAUCCCAGCGGUACAAUGUUUGCGGGAGGUGGUGGCGAUCACAAACUUCGUUUAUAUAAAAUAGUAGAUGACAAAUUUGAAAAAAUUGUUUCUUUGGCUGGUUCAAAUGAAUCAAUACUACGGAUAGACUUCGCAUCCCAAACUAGCCAAGUUCUUGGAGCUGGCAAUGAUAAUGCUGUUCGUAUUUGGGGAACGGAUAAUCAUGUGGUUAAGCACUCGUUAACAGGACAUGGAAAUAAGGUAUCAUCCGCUAAAUUCUUUCAAGAUGACUUACAGGUUGUUUCUGGAUCUUAUGAUAGGACUUUUAAGCUAUGGGACUUGAAAACUGCCAAGUGUUUGAGAACAUAUUUUACUAAUUCAGUGGUAUAUGACAUAAUUUCGAGUGAUAAAACUAGAAUGGUAGCUAGUAGUCAUUAUGAUCGUAAAGUGCGAUUCUGGGAUACAAGACUCAAUGAACCGGUUCGUACAGUCGAACUCGCCAAUAAAGUCACGUCACUCGUUCUGUCUCCUGACUCUUCCGUUGUACUUGCAUCAGCACGAGAUGAAACGAUGUCAUUGAUCGAUCUACGUUCCUAUCAAAUUAUUCAUAUAUAUAGUGCUGAUCAAUAUCGAACGGGAAGUGAUCACAUUCGUUGUGCAAUAAGCCCUGGAAUGGAAUAUAUCGCAUCUGGGUCUACUGAUGGAGCCAUUUUUAUUUGGAAUUUAAAAACAACCAAGCUUGAAAAAACCCUUCAAAAGGGUGGACAUGAACGAGCUGUACAUUCAGUUUCGUGGCAUCCCAAGGGAAAUAUGUUGCUUAGUGCAGGAAAGGAAAAAACUGUUUGCUUAUGGACUGUUUGA